AUGUGUUUGUGUGUGUAUGAGUGCCACGGCUGUGUCGUGGACGUUUUCUUCUGUGGGCUUCUGGCCCACCACCAUGAAUGCCGCUUCCUGACGGUCGUGGUGGGCAUGGCAGAAGCCAGCUGUGACCUGGCCAGGAGCCGCAGCUCCUGCCCGGGGCGGGAGAACAGGCUGGCCGUGCCCCUUGACCUCUCGCGGCCACCGCUUGCUGACUCUCCCGAGGGAUUCCCGGACCGACGUGGCGCCCGCGGACCGGAUCCCCCCGUGUUCCACGAAGGCUCCUUCCUCAUCCUCAGCGACUGGGAGUCAGCGGAGCCCUUCUCUGGAUUCACCAGCUUCGAGGACUCCGACGUCCCACCUCCCUUCCGCCUGGACGGCCCGGGGCGGGAGAACAGGCCGGCCGUGCCCCUUGACCUCUCGCGGCCACCGCUUGCUGACCCUCCCGAGGGAUUCCCGGACCGACGUGGCGCCCGCGGACCGGAUCCUCCCGUGUUCCACGAAGGCUCCUUCCUCAUCCUCAGCGACUGGGAGUCAGCGGAGCCCUUCUCUGGAUUCUCCAGCUUCGAGGACUCCGACGUCCCACCUCCCUUCCGCCUGGACGGCCCGGUGUGGGAGAAUAGGCUGACCGUGCCCUUUGGCCUCCUGGGGGUGCUUCUGCGGCCACCGCUUGCUGACCCUCCCGAGGGAUUCCCGGACCGACGUGGCGCCCACGGACCGGAUCCCCCCGGGUUCCACGAAGACUCCUUCCUCGUCCUCAGCAACUGGGAGUCAGCGGAGCCCUUCUCUGGAUUCACCAGCUUCGAGGACUCCCGUGUCUCACCACCCUUCCGCCUGGACGCGGGGGCGCUUGACAACUUCCACCAUUUCGAGAGGCCUCACCCGAGCCUCUUCCCCCCUUACCCCUCCCCCGAGGAAGGAAGCCUCCCCCUGCACUCCAGCCGCUGCCGCAAAAGGGCUCGCCUGGUGGUCGAGCACCCCCAGGGCUAUGUCAUGCGCCGGCAGACCGUCCACGUGAGAGACGAAACCCCGUACCAGAGGGGCCAUAAGUUCCUCUACAAGCAGUGCUGA